AUGUCAUGCCUUGUGGCUAUGACUAUGACUAUGACUUCUCGCGAGCAUUUUUAUGCACAGCUGCAGACAUUGGAAGAAGAAUUACCCGGCAAUCGCAUGCGUUGGUAUCUCUCCGUGUUUCCUUGUCUAGCUGCUCUCAACCAAGUCGAUGAAAUCGUCGACCUCUACCCCAUUUUGCUACAAAAGUACGUUGAUGAAGCGCAGCAUCGACAAGUUACCCGACAAAUUCGAGAAUCACUUACCAAAGCCGUGGGUGUUAUUGGCGCAGCAAAGACCGGAAAUGCUCUACGGGCCUUGGCAGGCGUGGUUCCUCCAUACCUCCAUGAUCAAUUGAAUUAUCGCGAGAAUGAUUCACCUGAGGUAGCGUCUAAAAGAGGCCGUGAGUUUUUCAAGAAAAUCUACCUCCUCGAUCCGGAUGUGGACCCCAAUCCUACCCGUGAAGCGGGUCCAGAUUAUGACUUUAUCGUCCUAGAACUGCUUUAUGGACGCGUUUUCUCCUUCACUGAAGUGCUGGACAUUCUCGAGAGUGAACAAGUAAUGGUGUCUGCUUUGAUUGGGAUUGACUGCGUGGAGCAAGUUAGAUUCCAUAUGAUAGGCCUGCUUCGAAAUGGCGCCCGGAGAGACGAGGUGGACUUUAUUCGUCAGAUUAGUGCUUUGGUCGUGGAUACAAUUGGUGUCAAGGAAUCGCGAAAAAUCCCCACUGUACCAGAGCUGUGA